GGAGCAUGAAGCAAUGAACACACACAGCUUCCAGGCCAAGACCUACAGCAAGCCUCGUGUGUGCGCGGGGUGCGAGCAGACGAUCGCCGCAGACGGCAGCCAGUGUCACGUCUGCAAGGUGACCUGUCAUAAGAAAUGUGAAGGGAAGGUCACGACCCUGUGUACGACCCCGGUGAACUAUGACCUGUCUCCCAGUGUCACCAUCCCAGUCCACCAGGUAAGCAGCACAGUGAGUGAUCUUUGUUCAAUCCUCAAUGGUGGCCAAUGGUUCAAUGGUUCAAUGGUCAAUGGUCAAAUGGUCAAUGGCCAAUGGUUCAAUGGUCAAUG